AUGAAGCUUUUACAUUUAUUGAUAUUUUUCAAACUAUUCGCAUUAUUCCAUACACAACAUUCGAUAUAUCAUUCCGAUCAAGUUGGAUUAUUUAAUUUUGGAUUCGAUUGCCUUUAUGCUUAUUCAACAGAUAGUGAAAAAUAUGACGAUACUACUAACCGUAUAACUUAUCAUUUGAUUCCCUACUGUCGACGGCCAGCAGACAAUGAAGAAUUAAUCGAACAAGACUCAUUUAUUCCACUUAGUAACGUUUUCAAUAACAUUACAUUUGAAAAAUUAUAUGAAAACAAUGUGACAAUUGACCAAUUAUUCAAUUGGUCAGCACCCAUUGAUCUAAUUGAACAUUAUGUCAUGAAUCAUGCAGAUCCGACGGCAAUUUUCUAUAAUUGUUCAUUACCAUGGUUUGGUUCAAGAUGUCAAUAUAGGUUUGAUAAAGAAUUAUCCUCGUCAUUUCAUGACAUUGCUCGAUUGAAUUUUAUGGCACGCUCACAUAUUUAUGACGAACUACCCGAUUUCAACAUUGGUACAUGCUAUCCGUUCUUAUCUAAUUGCUAUCUUGAAUAUAAAUUUAUGUGUCUUGAUUGGCGAGAGAUCUGUGAUGGAAAAGUUGAUUGUACUAAUGGAGAAGACGAACAAUAUUGUGAAAGACUAGCAACGAACGAAUGUUCCAAUGAUAGUUAUCGUUGUCAAUAUAGUGGUGAAUGUAUACCGUUAAUAUUUCUACGAGAUGAACGUAAUAAUGCCGAGUGUCUGGAUGGGACUGAUGAAACAGAACUUUAUGCAAGUAAGAGUGAUCUUUUCGGACAUUAUUGCUAUACGGUUCCAACAUUCCGAUGUGAGGAACGUAGUAGCCGAUUUCAACCUUCUUUGCAAUGCGGCGACGGUCAAUUUAUUCCUUUUCAUUUACUCGAUUCAUUUCAGGAUGCCAUGUGUAAUAACGGUCGACAUAUACUAUUAUUUCUAUCGGCAAAAAAUGACUAUUUAAAUAUUCCACAUGAAACUCUAAAUGAACUUCGCAAAUCUACACUAGAUGCAUCUACAGUCAUUCUCAAUCAAACAUUAAGCAAGACCCAGUCAAGAUUUUCAAUGAUAUUGUGCGAGUCUAUUGAUCACAAAUGUCUAUCAAAAUGGUAUUUUAAAGUUGAAGUACCUAAAAUCCAUCUUAUGUUUUAUUUCAUCUAUCUACCUAAUCGAUUGUUUGACGAUUUUUAUUAUGUUGACGAACCAGAUUUUAUUUGCUAUCGCACAGAAACUUGUCCUGGGUUUAUCAAAUAUGCUACUGACAUUGGAUUAGACACCGAACUCACUUGUUGUCAUCCUCAUCAAAUAUUGAAUAAUUCGCUGACUAAUACAAACCAACUAGACGAAGCUUUGAACGAACUACCUUUUCGUUGUGCAACAACUGGAAACGAACGAGCAUGUUCUCAUUCAUCUCUCUUCCAUUGUCCAAUGUCAAUGAAAUGCAUAUCAAAACAUCGUCUCGUUGAUGGUUUAUCUGAUUGUUAUUAUAAUGAAGAUGAAACAUUUCCUUCUUGUCAAUUGAAUGACUCGCAACGAUUUACCUGUACAUCUGAACCAAAUAAAUGUUUAUCAUCAAUAGCAUUAUUUAAUGGCAGAAAUGAAUGUAAAGAUAAAGAAGAUGAAAUGAAUGAAUAUGACCGAAAUAUUUUCAAUGGAUAUCUAUCAAUGGGCAUCAUAUGUGAUCGAAAAAAACAUCCAUUAUUAUUGAGAAGAAACGAAACCGAUGAAACCAAUUGCGAACAUUGGCCAUGUAAUAAUCCUUAUACUCGAUGCGAUGGUAUUCAAAACUGUCCUGACAUAUCUGAUGAACAGAAUUGUCCUCGACUAUACUAUACACUACAAGAUGGUGCUUGUUUCAAAACAGCAAUAACAAAUUUAUUCUGUGAGCCUGUAAUGCAUUUAAUAGAACAAAAAUUCAACGCUAAGAUGGUUCCUGUUGAAUAUAAUAAUUCUCUUCAUGAUAUAAUUAAUGUUAGUCGUGAAGAAUAUUGUACUUCACAUCCGAAAUGUCACACUUUACGCACAGCAUGUAAAUAUAUCACAGUAGAUACAGCACAUAUCAAUAUUUGUAGCGUAUCCAGUAUCGCUUACUGUUUUUGGGAAUAUUCAUUUUGGAAAGCAAUGUUACGAGCAAAUAUUUGUCCGCUCGAUCUCGGCGAUAUGAAUGAUGAGAUCCAAACGGAGUCUUUUUUCACACCAUCACAAAUAGGUAAUUUUCCAUUAGUAUCGAUAGCAACAACAUCGUCAAAUAAAACUACUCCAGAAGCGACGAAAUCAACAAUCGUUCCAACAAUAUUUGACAAACUAAAUAAUUGGUAUUGUAAUCGAGGAAUUCUUGUUCGAUUCAAUCAUAGCCAAUCGACAAAGUGUUUAUGUCCACCAAGCUACUUUGGUUCACGAUGUCAAUGGCAAAAUCAACGAAUUAGUUUAACAUUACAACUAGAAUAUCGAACAGAUGCUUUUAUCAACAUUGUUUUUCAACUUAUUAUUAUGCUUCUCGAUGAGCAACGACAAAUAACAACAUAUCAUGAACAAAUAACUUACAUACCAAAACAAGAUUGUGGCAGAAAAUAUAAUAUCUAUUUGCUUUAUCCAACGAAACCAAAAAAUCUUUCUGCAAAUUAUUCUAUACAUAUUGAUGUGUUCAAUAAAAUAUCUUUGACAUAUUUAGCCAGUUGGCAUUUACCUAUUUCAUUUCAAUUUCUUCCUGUUAAUCGAAUAGCACGUCAUUUAUUCAUACCAAGUACACCAAUGAUUUCCAAAAUAUGUUCUUUAUCUUGCGGUCAACAUGGUCGCUGUGUUGAAUAUAUUAAUGGAAAUUUCUCAUAUUUUUGUCAAUGCAAACAAGGAUAUUCUGGUUUAUUUUGUGAGAGGAAAUAUAAUUGUUCUUGUUCAUCCGAUUCGCUUUGUCUUUCAUCAUCAAUUUGUGUCUGUCCAAUGAAUAAAUUUGGUUCGAAAUGUUAUCUAACUCGUUCGAUAUGUCAACCAAAUCCUUGUCAAAAUCACGGUCGUUGUGUACCUAUUGAUGAUCGAAUUGGAUUAAAACAAUUUAUUUGUUUAUGUCAAGAAAACUCCUACGGAUCAACAUGUGAAUUUAACAAAAAUCGAAUUGACAUUCAAUUUGAUAAUGAGAAAAUGAAUCUUCUGCCAUUUGUCUAUGUUCAUUUCAUUACAGGAUUAGUAACUCAACGUCAUCAACAAACAAGCGUGUUGAAAAAGAUCAAUAUUGGACAAAGUCUAAUUACAAUUCAUAUCAGUUAUUCAUUUCAUCUUGUAUUCAUUGAAUUAGUUGAUCGUACAUAUUAUUUACUAAUUUUAAGAGAAAAAUCUCUCGAUUCUGAACAUAUCCGAACAAAUAUUUUAACAAAUUAUCGAUGUUUAAGUCUCAUUCAAUUAACCAAUACAAGUUUUGCAAAUGAUUUCUUUCUUCAUCGUGUUAAAUUGUAUCCAUUGUUAUGUCGACAAAGCGAAGAUCUCAAAUGUUUCUAUGAUGAAAAGCAUAUGUGUAUCUGUGAUACAAAUCGUUUUUCCAAUUGUUUUACAUUUAAUACAUCAUUGUCACAUGAUUGUCGAGGAGAAAAUAUUUGUCAACAUGGUGGACAAUGUUUUCAAGAUAAUCCCAAAUGUCCUGUCCAAUCAGUUUGUUCAUGUCAAGAAUGUUAUUAUGGAACAAAAUGUCAAUUUUCGACGAAACGUUUUGUUUUUUCACUUGAUUCUAUUCUUGGUUAUCAUAUUCAACCAAAUUUAUCAAUGAGUCAACAAUUAUUUAUUAUUAAAAUAUGUAUUUUAAUCACAACAAUCAUGUUUGCUUUGGGAUUAGCAAAUGGUUUGUUAUCCGUUGGAACAUUUCGUCUUGAAAAAAUCAAUCAGACGGGGUGUAGUAUGUAUCUUUUAGUUUCAUCAUGGAAUUCUUUAGUUUUAACUAUAGUCUUUUAUCUGAAAUUUUGGCAUCUACUUUUAUCACAAAUGUCGAUGAUAACAAAUGAAUUCUAUUUGAAAAUCAAUUGUGUAAUGUUAGAUAUGUUGAUUAAUGUUCUGAUUUCAACUAAUGAUUGGCUUUAUGGAUGUGUUGCUAUUGAACGGUUAUUAACUGUUUCACAAGGUGUUAAAUUUGAUCAAAAUAAAAGUAAAAGAUUUGCAAAAUGGAUUAGUUUAUGUAUAUUUCUAAUGGCAAUCUUGACACAUAUUCAAGAUCCUAUUCAUCGUCAAUUGAUCGAUGAUAUCGAUGUUGAUCAACGACGAACAUGGUGUAUUGCAGAAUAUUCUUCUGCUUUAAAUGUAUUCAAUAUUUGUAUUAUUCUUUUUCAUUUUCUUGUUCCUUUUUUGAUUAAUUUAAUCUCAACAAUUAUGAUUAUUUUACUAAUGGCUCGUUCACGUUCAACAAUUCAAAAUUUAACAACGUUCAACGAUCAUUUAAAACAACAAUUUCACAAAUAUAAACAUCAUUUAAUUACACUAUGUCUCUUAUUAAUUUUAACUUUACCACGUCUUAUCGUUUCGUUUAUUAGUCGAUGUAUGAAAUCAGNGAGAUCAGUAGUUGAUCUACACGGUAUUGGAGACCUCGAGGCUUUGUAG